AUGGGGGAAAAGGGCAAUAGUAUGAGACCUUCAGAAAUGGAAAGUAGAUGCUUAGUGGCUCUUGACAGUGAAAAUUCUAGCAAAAACCGCUCUGCAGAUGUCCUGCCCUUUGACAGUAACAGGGUUAUCCUGAACCCAUGCAAGGAUUAUAGACCUUCAGCAAGGGGUUAUAUAAACGCAAGCUUCAUUCAGACUUCUUCCUCUGAAAGCAUUUCUCGAUUCAUAGCUACACAAGGUCCAUUACCUCAUACCUUUGAAGACUUUUGGGAGAUGAUAAUCCAGUGUCGUUGUCCCCUUAUUGUGAUGCUUACUCGGUUGAUCGACAAUGACAAGAGGGUUAAUAUGUAUCCAUGA